GUGAAUGUCAGCUGCCAUUUUAGAAGAAGAAGAUAGUAAACAAAAAUGAAUUUGGAGCUACUAGAAUCAUUCGGACAGAACUACCCAGAGGAGUUCGACGGCUCGCUGGAUUGCAUUUCGUUGGCCGUGACAUGUGCCUUUAACAAAUACGGAACCCUUUUGGCCGUGGGAUGCAAUGAUGGCCGCAUUGUAAUCUGGGAUUUUCUGACGAGGGGCAUUGCCAAGAUUAUUUCGGCCCAUGUGCAUCCCGUUUGCAGUCUCAGUUGGACCAGGAAUGGUCACAAGUUACUUUCAGCUUCCACGGACAACAAUGUCUGCAUUUGGGAUGUGCUAACCGGCGAGCUGGAACACAAGUACAGGUUUCCAUCGCCUGUGCUGAAAGUACAGUUCGAUCCCCGAAAUGACAACCGACUUUUGGUGUGCCCCAUGCGAUAUGCCGCCGUUCUUGUAGAGGUCGGCGGAACUCACCGCUGCCUGCCCUUGGAUUCCGAUGGCGACUUGAACAUCGUGGCUUCUUUCGAUCGCAGAGGCAAACACAUCUACACAGGCAACGCCAAGGGAAAAAUACUCGUACUGGAUGUUGAAACCUUUGAGGUGGUCGCCAGUUUUCGCAUUAUUGUAGGCACCUCAAGUGCAACGGCUGUCAAAAGCAUCGAGUUUGCGAGGCGUGGAGACGCAUUUCUUAUCAACACCUCAGAUCGAGUUAUUCGUGUUUACGACUCAAAAGAAAUAAUCACUCUAGGCAAAGACGGCGAACCGGAACCCAUACAAAAGCUACAGGACUUGGUCAAUAAAACCACCUGGAAAAAGUGCUGCUUCUCUGGUGAUGGGGAGUACAUUUGCGCUGGCAGUGCUCGCCAGCAUGCUCUUUACAUAUGGGAAAAGUCUAUUGGAAACCUGGUGAAGAUCCUGCAUGGCACCAAGGGUGAGCUGCUCUUGGACGUGGUGUGGCAUCCUGUGCGGCCUAUCAUUGCCAGCAUCAGCUCCGGACUGGUAUCCAUUUGGGCCCAAAAUCAAGUGGAAAACUGGUCUGCCUUUGCACCAGAUUUCAAGGAAUUAGAUGAAAACGUAGAAUACGAGGAGCGGGAGUCAGAGUUCGACAUUGCGGACGAAGACAAGUCUGUGGAUCUGAACGCAGACGCGCAACAGGACGAGGAAAUUGAGGUGGACGUGCAGAAAGUGGAGCCGGUGGCUGCCUUUUGCUCCUCCGACGAAGAAGGCGAGGACGAGAAUGCGCUGCAGUUUUUACCCAUGGCACCAGAAGUGGAAGAUCCCGAGGAUGGCUGGGCCGGUCAGGACGGACUGGAGCCCAGUGCAGUUAUGCUUAGCCACAUGGAACCACAUGACUAUGAGGACGACAUAAUGGCUUCCAAGCGACGACGAAUGCAGCUCUAUGAUGUCAGCUUACCUGAUGCACCCACUGAUGAAACACAUCCCCUCAUUUCUAGCAAGGCCGGCAAAGAUAAACAACAGCCCGUGGGUGGCAAAAAAGCCGCCGGGCGUACCAAGAAAUAAACAUCAUUUGACAUUGCCUAAUCGUUGUCUUUGUAUGUAAAUAAAGGCUUCCAUCUCCGCAAUCCAGUACAGAAA